AUGGAGGCGGGCUGGUGGUCGCCGUCUCCGUCGGCCUCUCCGCCGCCGCCGCCGCCCCGUGCCGUGCCGCCCCGCUGCCGCUGCCGCUGCCGCUCCACGCAGCCGCUCUCCAACAGCUACAACUGCCUACCACAUUACGAUGGAUGGCCUGACUUGGAAGAUGAGUCGACCGGCGGAGCCCUACGCGAGCGGGAGCUUCGGUCUCUCCAUCGUACUGUGCCCGCCCUAAGACGCCGAGAACUUGACACCCGUGCCAUCAAACAUCACUUUUAUCCCGAGGGAGGAUGGGGGUGGAUAGUCUGUGGUGCGGCGUUCCUGGCUCACUUGCUUUCAACUGGACUCCAGCUUGCGUAUGGGGCACUACACGUCUACGCUUUGCGACACCUGGGCCCGGCCGCUGACCACGCAGUUUGGGCAGGUGCCAUCUGCGUAGGGGUGUCACGUGCUGCAGGCGCCAUCGUAACCUGCCGCAGAAGAUCUCCUCGACUAGCAGCCCUGUUGGGAGGCAUUCUCUUACCGCUUGCAUGUCUCUUCACGUCAUUCGCUACGCAGCUCCAUCAAACGCUUUUGAGUUAUGGUGUGGUUCUGGGUAUCGGCUGUGGCCUGGUUCGAGAAGCAGCCAGCCUUGUCCUAGGCACGUACUUCAGAAGACGGAGACAGUUCGUGGAACUUGUAGCUCAUGCGGGGGGAGGUGUGGGCAUAGCUCUCUUCAGCGUUGCCUACAAAGAGGCUGUAGGGAAACUGGGAUGGCGUCUUGGUCUCCAAGCGAUCACGGGCAUAUUGAUACUAGCAUUUUUCCUAAGUGCUGUAUAUCGCAGCGCUUCUCUUUAUCAUCCACAGCGUAGAGCCAUCUUGCAUCUCAAAAACCAACGGAAAAAGGUGAAGGAAAAGAAAGGCCUAAAAAAGCCCCAGUUUAUCGACCUGAGUCCGCUACAGUCCCGGCCCGCAAAAGUUUUGCUAUUAGCAGCGAGUAUGGCGGCGUUUGGUCUGUACACCCCCGUAUUUUUCUUGGCUCUUCAAGGUUUUCAAGAAGGUUUAGAAGAGAGUGCUCUGGUUCUGCUUCAAACGUUUCUGGGUUUCGCGGCAGUGCUGGGGUGCGCUGGCUUCGGUUUGGUGCUUGUAAGGCCGUCCGCACAGUGUCUCGUUUCCAAACAGUACCUCUGUCAAACGGCAAUGCUGGGCAUAGGAAUAUCAAUAUUAGCGCUGAGCAGCGUCGAAGGUUAUCACGGGUACGUGCUCUUCGCUUGGAUGUACGGCCUGUGCCUGGGCGGUUUUCUCUACUCUAUGAAAAUGCUUACAAUGGAACGGGUUCGGGGUCGGCACUUCACCAAAGUUUGGAGUUUCGUUCAAGGCGCCGAAGCGAUUCCUGUUAUAGUCGGCGUGCCAGUGACCGGUUAUAUAAAUCAGCAGGUGCCUAGAGCCGGCUUUUAUUUCUCCACGGCAUCAACUUUGAUCGGGGCUAUACUAUUAUUUUUCGUGGGUUUUUCCAAACGGGAACCCGACCCUCCUUUGCUGCCCGCGCCGACGAUUUCCGAAGCGUGUUUGUGUUUGACGCCACCGCGAUGUGAACCGGCAUGGUGCGCGUGUAGUGCUGGCGGUGCGACCACUUAUUGCGCGUGGACUGGUUCCUCCUGCAGCACGACACGUCUACCCAAGUCUCUCUCGUACGGUGCGCCAUUAAAUAGACCCUGUUGCUCAGCCGCUCAAUACCCGGAGUGCUGCCGACGUGUUACGCUCCGCCCUUCUCGCAGUGUCCCCGAAGGUCUAGCGCGUCGGGGAACUUGGAGCCGAGCGGGUUCCUGCAGAGCUCACUGUCCACGCCGUGAACAUCAUUUGAUAGAACAAAUCACAACUUCUGUAUGA